GUUACAAUAUGUAUAUAGAAAUUAAAUUAUUUCAAUAAAGUUUCUUCACUUGGGCAUGUCACAAGUGUUCAUUCAACUUUGAAUUGACAAAAGUUGUGUGGUUUUUUUUCUCAAAUAGUUUCAACGUUCAAAUGCCAAUAUUCUCGGAGAAAAUGAACAUUAGUGUCAAGUUUCAGAUUUCUGCGGAGCUACAGUCGAAAACACCCAAAAACGGAGAGUUCGUUCCCCCUGAUAUCCUGAUGACUGGCAGCGAGAGGGCGCUGAUGGAGAUCAUUGUUGACAUGACCUUCAACUUCGCCAUCGCUUUCAUCGGCAUCUUCACCAACAUCAUCGUCAUUGCGGUCUUCGCUAAACAAGGGUUCAAGGACAGCGUCGGCAUCUCCAUGACAACCAUCGCUGCCUGGGACCUUGUCAAGAGCAUAGGUGGCACCAUGCAAAGAAUGGCAGGCCCCAUAGGUAUCUGGUCUCCAGCCAGUGCGAAAAGUUGGUCCAACAUCUGCCUUGUAAUAUUUAAUUAUCUUGUGUCUUUUUCUACGUACGUGACCAGCGUUCUCGCAGCGUAUGUCGCCAUUGAAAGGUGUCUUUGCGUGACCAUGCCUCUAAAGGUGAAAUGGAUGCUCACGCGAAAAGUUUCUUUCGUAGUGUGCAGCCUGGUGUCGUUUGUCGUGUUUGGUUGCUUUGUGGUCGUUUUCGGCAUUUAUGACAUCGUUUGGGUCUGGGACCCCAGCUACAACGCAUCGGUCGCCGUCUACCAGUACAACGCUUUCUCUACCCAGCACACCGAGGCUCUCUUCGGCUAUUACAAUCUCUCAGGCACGCUCUGGCCAAUGGCCAGUCUUGUCGUCAUCGUCAUUUCCGCUGUCGUCAUCUCAGUCAAACUCCGCCAGGCUUCUGAGUUUCGAAACCAGCAUCACAACGGCGGGACGGUCAAGGACAGUCGUGAAUCAGGUGCCCCUAACAACGGUCAAGCCAACCCGAACCCCAAGGCCAGCCGCGACCAAAAAGUCGUAAAGAUGCUGCUGGUCAUUAUAGUCCUCUACAUUAUUAAUUUGAGUCCCCGCGUUGCCCAUUACCUGGCCAAGUAUUUUAUCACAGAGUACUACUAUCUCCGUGCGUACCACAACCUGGCAACUGCCAUGGCAUACAUUGUGUUUUUCUUCGACUAUCUCAAUACUUCUGUUGGUCUCUUUGUGUUUUUGUCCAUGAGCUCCACCUUUAGGGCUACGUACAAACAAUUGUUCCCGUAUUGUUCCCGAAGUUCUAAACCUGGCAAAUAAAGC